CCUACCGCGCGGGGUGGUGCGGAACCGCGGAGUGUGUCUUGCGUAGGGCGAGAUGUUGUUUUUUUGUGGCGAUCUGCUGAACGUGGCAUCGCUGUCCGGUCUGACACAACAGUGGGAAGCACAACCAGCCCCUCCGGUCCUCCCUGCACAGAAACCCGGGCGCACAGCAGCUGAUCCCGGCGCAUCACAAUCCAGGAAAUGCGGACUUCUGGCCCCUUCGCAACGGGAUAAAUGGCUGCAGCGCCAGCACCGUAGCAAGCUGGUUUGCCUCGAGCCAACACUUUUCAGUUCGCACCACGACUAAGAGAGCAAAUAUAAAGCAGCCAAGUGUGAACGGCGGGUACGGUGGGCUGCGUGGGAGACUGUGCACUGUGAUCUUGACAUCUACGCAUCACUGAAACUUGUGAGCGCAGGGAGGACAGCUUUUGAAAAUACCCAUUUAAAAGACGAACAACUAACAGUCUUGCCAACGAACAAAGAAGAUGCAAAAAAGACCUUGGGAGGACUUUUAAAAUGGCUGAGGCUAGAUAGAAGCAGAGCUGCUUUGAACGGAGAAAUGAUCCAUGUUUACCUGCAUCCAUGCGGCUCCAGGGCACCUUUUAAUGAUGCCUCAUUUUGUCCUCUUGCAUAACUUUUGGCCCACUCUGAAAAAGGUGCUCCAUUUUGAUUUACAACUUAGUCUGUCAAUGUUCCUAUGCCUCUGACCUCUCUGCUGCCAUGCGGUUAGACCAAUGAGGCUCCGAGAGCCUUUCGUUACGAGUCUGUGAGGUCUCCUCCCCACUCUAUGGAGGCUGAGCCCAGCCAUCCGGCUGAUGGGGAGCGCUCUGGAAGGCAAGCGCAGCAGCAUGUGACAUCUGAAUCUUCAUUGGGCUCUUGUCCACCUCAGCAACCCCAGCAGCCUUCUAAUCCUCGUCCUGUACACAGAGCCUUGGGCCGCCUACAAAACCGCCAACCCAAGCGCACUGACCUGCUUCGGUUACAGCAGCAGCAAGCAGUAGCAUGGCAGCGUUCAGAUACCCCAGGUCCCUCAGGAGGCAGCUUCUUCUCUACAAGCUCCUCGUCAACCUUAUCCCUCCCCUCUACGUCCUCCACCCAGGGUGAGCAAGCUCACGGCGUUCCAACUCACUCCAGUCAACAGGGCCUAGAAGGGGUUAGCUCACCUAGGAAAGGGGAGAAGAAACCCCAAAAACCAGGGAAAUAUGUGUGCACUUACUGUGGCCGUCCAUGUGCCAAGCCAAGCGUUCUUCAGAAACACAUACGAUCGCAUACAGGAGAAAGACCCUACCCAUGUGCGCCCUGUGGGUUUUCCUUUAAGACCAAGAGCAACUUAUACAAACACCGCAAGUCCCAUGCCCAUCGUAUUAAAGCGGGUCUGGCAUCCAGUCGAGAUGAGCUCAGUUUGAGUGGUGCAGAAGGCAGUGGCGCUGGAGAAGACCCUGAGGAACACACAGAGGGAGAAAGCACUGAGUCUGAGGACGAGACAGGUCAGCACAGAAAAUCCUCUAAAGAGAUGCUGGGGCAGCAUAGGAAAGGAGGUAAGGAGCGCCUGGGAAGCUCAGAGGAGAGCCAGAGGCCUGAAGACUCCCAUGCCGUCAAGCAAAGACUUGCACUGAGGCUUAGUGAGAGAAAACGUGGGCCCAUGGCUUCUCCAGAUGACCCACCCUCUUCCCUCUCCACAUCAUCUUCUUCUAUUGGGCCUGGCAGUAAAGGCAGCACAGAGUCGGGCUACUUCUCCGGAUCAGGCAGUACUGACAUAUGCCAAGUUAGCCCUCCAAGUUCCAGUGCCAAAACCUACGCAGAAAUUAUUUUAGGGAAAUAUGGAAGGCUGGGAGGGCAGCAGCGGAGUCCCCACCAGCAGCAGCCUCAUCCCUCACAUUCCUCAUCCUCAGGAACCGAGGAGAAGAACAUCUCCUUCGCCGUACCCAAAACCCAAGUAAUAGAACACAUUACCAAGCUCAUCACUAUCAAUGAAGCAGUAGUAGACACGAGUGAGAUUGACAGCGUUAAGCCUCGACGCUCCUCCCUGUCACGGAAGAGCAGCAUGGAGUCGCCCAAGUUUACUGCCCCCAAAGACCCCUAUGCCUUUGAUCCCAAAGGAGAAGCCGCAGGCCCCAGUGGUUUGAGGCACAUCCAUAAUCCUGACGCUGAUCCACCGGGUACGCAGGACCAGUCAGCAGUGCCUCUGCUUAGAAGCCACUCAAUGCCAAUAUCAACCAGCCAAGGAGAGCCCUUUGCCUCUGGCACCAUGUCACCCAGAGGUUACCGCCUCUGCCAAUCUUUUGAUGAGCAGCAAGCAGUGGUCGCAGAGAUGAGGAUCGGCCAUGCGCAGCGUAUGCUCAAGCGCCAGCCUGCCAUAGAGGUUCCCCUGGGAGCCGAGUCAAUGUUGGAGGAGCCCAGUCCCACCACAUCCUCCUCCUCCUCAACAAGAGGCACCGAACUACCCAGACAGCCACAGCAACAACAGCAACAGCAAAAGAGUCCCGCCGUGUUUGAAUGUGGAACAUGUGGGGCCCGCUUUCAAGAGAGUGAAGUCUUCGAGGCCCACAGAAGCAUCUGCCCAGGGCAGGAGCAAGAGAGCAGGGAUGCAAGCAAAGCGUGCAGUGGAGAUCGCCCGCUGAUGAUGCACCAUAAGUUUCGAGCGUUAGCCAUGGCUGUGAGGAAGCGGAGGAAAGAGGAGAGUCUGGAGGAGGAUCCUCCCAGUCCUGGAUCUGUAGCUGUGUCCGGCAGCUCUGGAGGCCUCAUUCCAGUACCACGCAGACCAGAGCAGAAGCAGGCCCUCUCAGGUGUUUCCUUACAGACUGAACCAAACCAACAGCAGCAGCAGCAGGACAGGAAGGGUGUGUCUGUCAUCCAACACACUAGCUCUUUUGAGAAGCAAGAGAGUAUAUCUAUGGAAAGUCAAGAUCCAGACCUCAGAGAGAGUCAGCAAACACAACCUGAGCCAAAACCAUCACCCUCUACAUCUCGCCUCAUCCGCCAGCCAAAUAUUCAAGUGCCGGAGAUACUUGUUACUGUGGAGCCCGAUGCUGAAAUGCCACCUGUGUCACCCCCGCUGACAGCAUCCUCAUCAAAGGAGGCAGAGAGAGUAGAGGAGUUCCACUGGCCUCAGCGAAGUCAGACAUUGGCCCAGCUCCCUGCAGAGAAGCUGCCACCAAAGAAGAAAAGACUCAGGCUGGCAGAAGCUGCCCAGUCUUCUGGAGAGUCCAGCUUUGAGUCUAUGUCUUUGCCUCGCAGCCCCAGUCAAGAAAGCAACAUUUCAAACAUUUCUGUUUCUUUUGAGGAUGUAGCACAAUCAGAGCAAGCUGCCCGAGCUCCCAGUAGCCAAAGUUCCCAGAUGUUGAUGGUGCCAUCUGCUUCUCACCAACACCACCAAAGCCACAAGGAGAUGAGGCGCUCAGCCUCAGAGCAGGCCCCAGCUAGUCCACAACAAACGGAGCAGAUCCCAGAGACCAGAAGUAAGUCCUUUGACUAUGGAUCCCUGUCUCCUCAGCAGUCUGCGUCCUCCUGGAAGGAAAGGAGAAAGUGUCUUCUAGUGAAGCAUGCUCCCUUAGGGGAACCAGAACAGGAAGUAGGAGGCAGAACUAGUCAGCUGCCCAGAGCAGAGAGUCCGCAACCUGGUCCUUCCUACUCUAAUCUUUCUUCUCAGUACUCCACUGGAGUAAGCUCCCAGUUUAGCCUCGAUGCCACUGGAAAGGCUUUGCAGCUGUUACAGCCACAAAUCUCUUUAUCCUCUCAGGAGGUGCUUCCUUUGCACCCCAGAGGGCAUCAAGCAUUCCCCUCAGGGUCUUUGUCCCAGCUCCUCCCGGUCACCACAGCCAUAUCGGAAGUACUAUCCACCCAAAUCAUUCACAGAGCAUUUCUACAGUCACACACAGAAUCUCCGCCUGUACAGAUACAUCCAGCACAAAUCCACAUGGCUGAAAGGUUGGGAAUACCCCUCCAUCAGCUUCCUCCCCUUUUUCCUCGCCACUUUUCUUCCAGGAAUACAUCUAGCCAGGCCAUGUACUUGCCCGUUCCUCCAAGAUUUACCACACACAUUUCUUCUCCUCAAACUACAGAAAGCAGACCCCCCAUUUCUUCUGUGUCUUCUUCACUGACUCAGGAGUCCCUUGUGACAAUCUCCUACCACCACCCGAGGCCGGUCAUCGCCACAUGCCUGGCACAGCUUGCACCAGUAGUGUCUCUUGUGGUGCCAGUACGCCUCCAGACUCAUAUACCUACAUAUGCCAGUGCAAUGUAUACCACACUUUCCCAGAUUCUGGUUUCCACCCGCUCACAGGAACCAGUUUCUUGCACGGCUAUGGUCAUCAUGGGCCAGGUGGAACGGGAGACACUGCAAAGGAGCUACUUGAAGGUCCCCUCUCCAGAUGUCAAGAGCCUUCUUCCUCUGUCUCUGUCAUCAGAGCUGGCCUCAGGAUCUGGAGAUGGAUACGGUCCACUAGGGGCAGGAGGAAGUAAGCGCAUGCUGUCCCCUGCAGCCAGUCUUGAGCUCAGCACAGAAGCCCAGCGUCACCAGAAAAGAGUUAAAGAGGAGGAAGAGGAGGAGGAGGAGGGCCACCAUAAGGAAGAAGAGGAGGAGAGCCGUGUGGAACCAAAGGUAGUACAGGAAGAAGAAAGGAAGGCAACUGGGAAAAAGCUGGAAAAGGAAAAGAAGAAAUCGGAUACAUUAGAAGUAACGAGUGUGGAUGUGCAUGGGCAGCCAGAAGAGCAGCCAAGGAAAAAUGACAGGGAAGAAAAGGUGGAAGAGAAGGAAACAACUGAGAAGAUCACCCAAAAAAAGGAAGCUGUGUCAGCUGUGGAGGUGGGCGCAAGCGCAUCUUCGUUCCCCAGCCUCCACACUUCAACCUCAGUCAACUGGUGCUACCAGAAGUAUGUUAAACCCAACCCAUCUGCCCAGAGGGACCCCCGCACUUCAGUUUAUUCAACCUGGAGCGUCAGCGCUCACAACCCCAACUUGCCAGGCAUCAGCACAAAGGUCGCCCUGUCUCUGCUCUGCUCUAAACAGAAGCACACUUCUGAGAUUUAUACCAUGGCUACGGCCCCUACUCCAGCCGAAGGCAAAGUGGCCCCUGAAAGCAGCAGGACGCCACAUGUGUCAGAGGUACAUGCCACCCCACCCAGCACCCUCACUGAAGUAAAGGAACAGCAGCAGCCUGAAAAGAAGGAAGAAAAUAAAGAGAUGCGAGAAGUGGAGAGACCAUCCACCUCCAAGCAGAGCGAGCCUUCUCGGGUUUGCAUCUUUGAAGGAGGGUAUAAGUCCAAUGAGGAGUAUGUUUACGUGAGAGGUCGCGGCAGGGGAAAGUACAUAUGCGGGGAGUGCGGCAUCCGCUGCAAGAAGCCAAGCAUGCUGAAAAAGCACAUCAAAACGCACACCGAUGUCCGUCCAUACAUUUGCAAACACUGCAACUUUGCCUUCAAAACCAAAGGAAACCUUACAAAACACAUGAAGUCAAAGGCUCAUGGGAAAAAAUGCCAGGCAAUGGGUGUAUCUGAGUCAUCAUUGGAUGAGCCGGAGAGCGAGGAAACAGCAGGGAGUGAAGAGCGUGUGUGUGGCUCGGAGGAACAGGAGGAGCAUCAGUUUUCUGACGUGGAGGAGUCAGAUGACGACGAAGACAACGACGACGACGAUGACGAAGAAGAGGAAGAGGAGUCCACGUCCCACGAGGACCCACCGUCCUCUGUAUCGUCUGACACCCACCCAUCAACAGGGGGGCGUUCAAGCUCCAGCAGGCACUCUAAGCAAGGCACUCCUGACCCCGAGCCUCCGGGUCCCAUUCCCUGCACCAGCCAGGAGCCCUCCCCACGUGGAGUUUGGCCCGGCAGAAGAGCGGCCUCGCCGGGGAGCAGGAGAGCAGUGUUCUCCCGGCGAGGCUGGAAAGCAUCUCCAAGAGCUUUCUCCCCAAGCAGUGAGAGCUGUUCCCCCAGCCGCAGCCUCUCCCCCCGCCUGGAGUAUUCGUCACCCAUCCAGAGCCUCUCUCCGAGGACAGAGCUCCCCUCACCCAGCCGACAUGUCUCACCUUCCCCCGAACGAGGACCUUCUCCCAUCAGACCCCUUUCUCCUCUCCUUCCCCUUUCACCCAGCUGCUACCGAUCGUCACAGGUUCCAACGCCUCCCUCGCCCCUGGGGAUGCAGCACAGAACCCCUGGGUACUUACCGUGGGAGAACCCUGGUGCAUCAGGUAGUCACAUCAGAGUGGAGAAAAGCAGAACAGCAGGAGAAGGGCCAACAUGGUCAGACACCAGUCUGUUUCCACCUGCUUUUCGCAUUUCCACUUGUGAGGGUUAUCCUGGCCACCAGACAACAGACAACAUCUUCAGCCAUCUUCCCAUGCACUCCCAGCAAGCCAAGGUCCCUUAUCCGAUGAUCCCAAUAGGAGGGAUCCAAAUUGUACAGGCAAGACCAAGGUCCCACGCUACUACCCCGUCGUCCCCAACAUCACCCCCGAUGGAGGGGCCAUCACUGGCCAGGUUUGAAACAUACUGGGGCGGGACCCCCAGGACUCAAGGGCUUAGGACUCCUGGAGACCACUGGUCAGAGCACCAGACAGCAGGAACCAGCCAGUCAGGGCAGCAAGGUCUUAGCACAGCACUAACAUUUUCCAAACCAGAGUUGGAGGCCACAGACUCAAAGCAAUAUGGCAGCUCGCACAGCUCCGUCCACACCCACGGGUCCUCUACUGAGACCACUGAGCACUGCGCCAGUGACGACCGUUCAAGAGCACCCCCUAGUCUAACGCCCCCGGUAGCCUCGAGCGUCAUCGGACAACAGCCUGAGAGGGAGGAACGAACAUCUGGUAGUGAUAUGGUGGAGGGAGGAGCUAAAGGAGACUCCGCCACAGGAGACCAGAGAACUUGACAGCGUCUACACUUCGAUGCAUCGUGCAUCCCAUUUUGCUUUAUUGUUUGCUACACUAGUCUGUUUUUUUUUUUGUAAUUGCUUUGGGGGGUUUUAUACAUUUUCAAUACUAUUGUUCAUUUAAUGUUUGUUUUGGCAAUAUUCAGGUUUGUUAUAAAGAUGCACUUUUUUCUUUAUGAAAACAAUGUUUGUGCAUAUAUAUAUAUGUGUGUAUAUGUAUAUGUCUAUAUAUAUUUAUGUAUAUAUACAUAUAUAUAUGGUAAUAAUGUAAAUACAACCCUGUUUCCAAAGGAAGCUGGUACACUUUGACACUUUGUAAAAUGUAAAAUAAAAACAGAAUACAGUGAUUUGAAAAUGAUUUAAAUCUCACAUUAAACUGAAAAUUGGUGACAAUAUAACAAAUGUUGAAAGUAGAAACAUUAAUUUUUUUGAAUUGUAUAUGCACAUUUUUAAGUUGAAGUCAUGUUAAGCACCAUCUUUAAAGAACUUUGGGACAGCAGCUCAACCCUUUAAAACACCAAGUGUUGUGGAAAGGAGGGCACCGCAUUCUUUAACUCUGAGAGCACCUAUUUUUUCUUAGUUUUGCUUUAAACACAAUUUUAAUACUCAGAACAUUUUGGGAUCAUUUUGCUAUAUUUAUUUCUACAUUCUGAGUGAGAGGCGGGCAGUGCCGGCACCUGGAUGGAGCCUCGGUGCCUUCGUGGUGAUAUGCAGAAUGUAGUUUUGUUGCUAAAAUAAGCAGGACCUUGCCUAAAAAAGACAAUCCACAUAGCAGCACAUGCUGAUCCUAAACCUGAUUUAGCACAAGCCAGAUGUAUAUCUCUUUAGCCUGCAGGACACAGCAUCUGUGAUUUACAGAAGAAUUUAAAGAAGUUUUUGAGUAUUCGAACCAUAGCACCAGUUUUUCACGUCAUGGUUGCCUGUCUGUGUGUUGAUUUCUUUUAUCUAGCAUAACAAAAACCACAGUAAGAAUAUAAAGUAAUAAAAGUUGUGCUAUUCUCAUAUUAGGGUACAAAACGUGCACAUUUAACUGCACUCUGUUUUUAAUGCACAUUUUAAUCCAGGUCCUGACUUUGUUGGAAACGGGGCUGUCAAUGUGAAAGGAAUAGAAAUACAUUUGUAAAUGACCAAAAUUGUUCAUCGAAAAGAAUUCCAUUUUUGUUUGUCCAGUAUUACUGAAAAUUGUAGUUUCUUGUGCCUUUUAUGUCCAGGUUUGUGUUUUUGAGAUGUAUAGUAAAGAGAAGGCUGUGAAAUUUUAUAUCAGCUUUUUUUAAAAAUGUUCUUCUGGAGGGUUAAUACUUUGUUUCUUUUGUAAAGGCCAUUGCUUUAAUGCCAGGAUAACUAAGAGUUGUAUCGCAGACGUGCUGAGGGGGCAGCAGAAAUGUGUCAAAGGAAAUGCACUGAAGUUCUAUUUUUAUUACAAGAGAUUUUAGACUAGAAUAUAUGUCUGUACAGGGAAGAGUGCUUCUUAUUUAUUAUUCUUUGAUGAUAAUUAUUAUUCUUUCAAGGUUUUUUGUUUUUUGUUUUUUUUUUAACUUUUUGUUAUUGGGGGGGGAAAGAAACUUUUUAUUACAUCUGUGUGUCUUUUUCAUGAUGUUCUUGUAUCCUGAACUGGUGACAAAAAGUUAAGACGCCGAGUCGUUGGCUGGUACCAGAAGAUCAAGUGCCCUGCGGAUUUCACACAGCAAAAUUUCUAGUCAUUAAAGAAAUAAAAACAAAAAAUGCACCAGA